CACAAAACCGGAGUCCUUUUUGUAAAUGAAAUCAUCGACAGAGAAAUGUUAUGCGACAGGGACAAACCUUGUUUCUUAAACGUUAAGAUUAUUAUAGAAAAUCCUUUGGAAAUACAUCAAGCUGAAAUUGAAAUUACAGAUAUAAACGAUAAUUCACCGGCCUUUAGCGGCAAGAGCAAAAGCCUGGAGAUUUCAGAAUCCACUCCAGUCGGCUCUCGUUUCACGUUAGAGGGGGCCGUUGAUCCCGAUUUUGGGGUGAAUUCCUUAAAAUCCUAUCAGCUCAGUCAAAACGACAAUUUCAUUCUUCAGGUAAAAGAAGGAAGUAAAAUGAAUAAAAUCCCAGUUUUAGUUUUACAGAAAUCAUUAGAUAGAGAAUUGAAGCCAAAGUAUAAUCUUUUCGUAACGGCCUUUGAUGGAGGGAAUCCUCCACGUUCUGGAAUCAUGAAUAUUACAGUAAUGGUGGGGGAUUUUAAUGACAAUGCCCCAGUUUUUACCGAGGAAAUGUACUCUGUAACACUGGAGGAAAAUGUUCCUGUAGGGACACUUGUCAUACAGAUAAACGCUUCAGAUUUGGACGAAGGCAGUAAUGGGGAAAUCUUUUACUCUUUUGAUGAAUCUGUUCAAAAUAUAGUAGAGAAAUUGUUUGAGUUGGAUGCGUAUACUGGUGAAAUAAGAAUUAAAGGUGUGAUAGAUUUCGAGGAGAGAGAACUUUAUGAGAUUGAAGUAAAAGCUACAGAUAGAGGAUUUAUACCAUUGAGCAGUCCCUGCACUGUGUUAAUUAAAAUUAAAGACAUGAACGAUAACGCACCCGUCAUAGAAAUAACAUCACUAACGAGUUCUAUAACAGAAGAUGUAAAACCAGGUACAGUAGUUGGACUAAUCAGUAUUACGGAUUUGGAUUCUGGUGUAAAUUCUAAAAUAGCAUGUGCCAACCCAAAUAACUUGCCUUUUGAGUUGAAGCAGUCAUUUCAAGAAAACCUGUUUUCUUUGGUAACAAAAUCACAUUUGGACCGGGAGUCUUCACCUCAAUAUAACAUAACAAUUACUGCCAAGGAUUUCGGGACUCCUUCUUUGUCGUCUUAUAAAACUGUUGUUGUUAACGUGUUAGAUGUAAAUGAUAACAAUCCUAGAUUUUUACAAAAUCCUUAUGUUUUCUAUAUCUUGGAAAAUAACACUCCCGGAGACUCGAUUUUGUCAGUUAGUGCAGUAGACGAGGACACGAAUGACAAUGCUCUUAUCACUUACUAUCUACGCGAAAGUGAAGCAGUGGAGAAGUCUGUGGUGCCUUUUCUGAGUAUCAAUUCUAAUAAUGGACAAGUGUUUAGUUUUACAACUUUUGACUUCGAGGAACUGAAAAGUUUUACAUUCAUUGUUGUAGCUAAAGACUCCGGAAUGCCUUCGCUCAGCAGCAAUGUGACUGUUAACGUUUUUAUUUUGGAUGCAAAUGACAAUCCCCCAGUGGUCUUGUUUCCUUCGACAUUGAAUGGAACGGCAGUUUGUACAAGAGACUAUUCCAAGAAACGUAAAAGCGGGCUAUUUAGUCACAAGGAUCCGAGCCUAUGAUGCCGAUAUCGGAUAUAACGCCUGGCUUUCUUUUUCUCUUGAGGAGGCUACUGAUUCCUCACUUUUCAGUGUGGGACGACAUACCGGAGACGUUAGGACUCGUCGGACAAUAACCGAGUCUGAUAUUACAGUACAGAAGAUCACUAUAUUGGUUAAAGACAGCGGAAGCAUUUCUUUCUCUGCUUCUGCAACAGUAAUCGUGACUGCUGCUGAAAAUACCGAAGCGCAUGCGUUGU